AUGCCAGGCAUCAAAGUCAAACCCGCCGCCAAACCCGCCGGAGGCCACUCCAACGCCGCAAAGGAGCAAAAGAAGAAAGCCGACGACGCCAAAAAGGAAGCUGAUAAGAAGGCGGAUAAGGCUAAGAAAGAAGCUGAUAAGAAAGAGAAGGAGCAGAAGAAAGAGGCGGCUGAUAAGAAGAAGGAGGAAGAGAAGGAAGAGAAGGAAGAGAAGGAAGAGAAGGAAGAGAAGGAAGAGAAGGAAGAGAAGGAAGAGAAGGAAGAGAAGGAAGCUGCUGACAAGAAGAAGGAGGCAGAGGUUGCUGGGAAGAAGAAGGGAAAAGCCGCUGAUGAGGAAAAACAAGAGGCAGCCGAGAAAAAGACGGAGGAUGAGAUUGAGGACGAGGUAUGAUCUGUUGCAGCCUUCGCUAAUUCCAUGCAUCUCGCCCUCUUUGGACUACAGACUGACAUAUUCCCCCCUAACCUUAGGAGGAAGACGAUUCCAAGCCCAACUCCAAGGCCCAAAACUCCAACUCAACAACCGAGAAAAACACAAAACUCGCACAGCGGAGGAAAAAUCAAACCAAAGAUCAAGAUCGCGAGCAACCAGAGGACGAAGAUGAUGAAAAUGUCGAAAAUGAGGAAGAUGAAGCAGACCACAAGUCCACAGGAAGAACCAAAGAAUCUCGAUCUGAGAAACUGAAACGUCUCGCUGGACAGGCAUCUGAACACCUUGAUACUGGGGCUGCUGUUGGACGCGCGGUCGGGGCACCGACUGAGGUCACGGAUACGUUGGAUGUUUUGGAUGGGGUUGUGAAUGGGGAGGAGGAAGAGGAUGUUGAAGAGGGAGAGGAAGAGGAAGAAGAAGAGGUAUGGGAUUUUGGGAUCUUUGUAAGGCGCGAGAUACUGAUUAUCUUUAAGGAACUCGAGGAACCCGAGGAAGCAGAAGAGGAGGAAGAUGACGAGGUAUGUAUUUCAAGCCCCCCUGUUAGCAUGACUUGGUAAUCGUUCUCGUUUCAAAGUCGGGACGAUGACUUGGCUUUGGAUGCUUUUCUUGCACGAAAGAGAGAUAAUCUGAUGCCACGCGCUAUACAUGCACUCUAUGCCCAAGACAGGUUUGACUAACUUCUUUAUAGGAAAUAGAAGAAGAAGAAGAAGAAGACGCUGAGCUAGAGGCUGAAGAGGAGGAAGAAGUCGAAGACGAAGGGGUAACUACAAUUCUCGCUAGUUCUAAAACCUUCAUUUUUAAACAUAUACUAAAACAAAAUGCUUGUAGGAAGAAAAUGCUGAGCCUGAGGCUGAUGAAGAGGUAAUUACUGAUAGUUCUUCCUAACCAUUUCUGAUUCCCUCGAUUGUUUGCUUCCACAGAAAUAUACUAAAGCAGUGCUCAUAGGACGAAGAUGCCGAGCCUGAGAUUAAGGAAGAGGUACUAUUUUACAAUUCUUGCCAUCUAUUCCCUCAACUUUUGGUUCUAGAAAUGGAUAUGGUACUAACACAACUUCUCGUAGGAAGAAGAAGCCGAGCCUGAAGAUGAGGAAGAAGAUGGGGAAAUAGAGGCCGAUGAUGAAGAGCACCCUGGUGAUGACGGACAAGCCGGCGAGGAUGAGCAAGUCAACGGAGAAGACGAAGAAGCUGAUGAAGAAGAAGAAGAAGUUGAGGAAGAGGGGCCCGAAACCGCAGAGGGCGAUGAGAUUGAAGACCACUCUGAAACUCAGCAGAAAUCCAAGGGCAAAACAAAUCAAGACAACAAGCAUCCAAAAGAGGAAGCAGAGAACGACAACGAGCAGGAAGAGGCGCAAGAUGAAGAAACCCCAGAGCCUACCAAGGGACGUGGAAAGGGUGAAGGGAAACCAUCCAAAGCUGAUGAGGAGGAGUAA